AAAAUGCUCCACUCUUUCUGUUGAUUGUUUUGAAAAUGGCUUCCACGCUGACCUUCAACAAGUUCUACCCGUUCUACCAGUCGCAGCACCGCGACCCCGUGUGCCGCCUGCUGCAUGUGAUUGGCACCACGAUCGUUGUGAGCAUUGUGGCUGCGGCCAUUGCGACUGCCAACGCGCGCCUGCUCCUGUUCACGCCGCUGGUCGGCUACGGGUUUGCUUGGGUCGGCCACUUUUUCUUUGAGCGCAACAAGCCAGCGACCUUCAAGCACCCCUUCUACUCGCUCAUGGGCGACUUUGUCAUGUGGUUUAACAUCAUCCGCGGCGAGGAGACCAUCUCAUCGCCCUACGUCAAGCGCAACGGCAACUCCAAUCUCAAGACAACUCGGCCGUCUCAGUGACGAGAGUUCAAUUGGCCUGCUUUCCCGCUCUGUGAAUGCGAUCAAAUCACAACCUGAUGUGUGUCUCAAGUGCAUUGCAAUAUACACAGACCAACUCAAAAUGAAAUGCGCUGCAACGACUACAAAACAAUCAACAGAAAAGAAAGAAAAAAAAAAAGAGAUCAAUCAUUCACAUUUCUUCACAUUGAAUGGAC